AAUUUAUCAACGACGACACUGCUCUCUCUCUCUCAGUAGGAACUCUCUCUCUCCUCUGUCUCUCUCUCCCCCCCUCUUGUCUAUUCUCUCAUGCGCAAUUCAUCAGAUCGGGCAAACCCUAGACUCUCAGAUCACCGGGGAAUUCUUCGAUCAAUACUUCCUCACACACUGUGUCUAUAGCUCAAUUGAUCUGCUGAUACAUAGAGUUCAUCUGUCUGCGGAGGUUUGUGGAAUUCGGGGAUGGCGUGUAUUAAGGGGGUGAACAGAUCGGCGUCGGUGGCACUGGCGCCGGAUGGUGGGUACAUGGCGGCGGGAACGAUGGCCGGCGCCGUGGAUAUGUCUUUCAGCUCCACGGCCAAUAUCGAGAUCUUCAAGGUCGACUUCCAGUCUGACGACAAGGAUCUGCCCCUCGUUGCUGAGUCGCCCAGCUCCGAGCGGUUCAACCGGCUCUCUUGGGGCAGAAACGGAUCGUCGUCGGGUCAAUUCUCGCUCGGAUUGAUCGCUGGUGGACUCGUUGAUGGAAGCAUUGAUCUCUGGAACCCACUUGCUAUGAUCCGCUCCGAAGGGGAGAAAGCGCUUGUUGGGCAUCUUUCUAGGCACAAAGGGCCUGUUCGUGGCCUUGAGUUUAACUCCAUUACACCGAAUUUACUUGCUUCUGGUGCUGAAGAUGGUGAAAUUUGCAUAUGGGAUUUGGCUGCCCCAGCCGAACCUUCUCAUUUUCCACCUCUCAAGGGCAGCGGUGGUUCUGCUCAAGGUGAAAUAUCGUAUCUGUCUUGGAAUAGUAAGGUUCAACAUAUAUUAGCCUCCACUUCAUAUACCGGGAUAACUGUUGUCUGGGACCUAAAGAAACAAAAACCCGUGAUAAGUUUUCCUGAUCCAGUUAGAAAGCGGUGCUCAGUUUUACAGUGGAAUCCUGAUGUUGCAACUCAACUUGUUGUUGCUUCUGACGAAGAUAGUUCACCCACCCUUCGGCUUUGGGAUAUGAGAAAUAUAAUGUCUCCCGUGAAGGAAUUUGUGGGGCACACAAGAGGUGUUAUUGCAAUGUCAUGGUGUCCCAAUGAUAGCUCGUACUUGCUGACGUGUGCUAAAGAUAAUCGCACUAUAUGCUGGGAUACUGUAACUGGAGAGAUUGUUUCGGAAUUACCCGCCGGUUCAAAUUGGAACUUUGAUGUCCACUGGUAUCCAAAGAUUCCUGGUAUCAUAUCAGCAUCCUCUUUUGAUGGAAAGAUCGGCAUAUACAAUGUUGAGGGUUGCAACCGACAUGUUGGUAGGGAUAACGAUUUUGGCGCCGGACCACUAAGAGCUCCAAAAUGGUUGAAACGUCCAGUUGGUGCAUCUUUUGGUUUUGGAGGCAAGCUUGUCUCUUUCCAAUCGAGGUCAUCUCCGACGGGAGGCCCUUCUGUUUCCUCAGAGGUUCUUGUGCACAAUGUAGUUACGGAACAAACCUUAGUAAGCCGUUCAUCAGAAUUUGAAGCUGCAAUACACAACGGGGAAAGAUCAUCUUUGAGAGCUUUAUGUGAAAAGAAAUCUCAAGAAUGCGAAUCCACGGAUGAUAGAGAAACAUGGGGGUUCUUGAGGGUUCUGCUUGAAGAUGAUGGGACAGCAAGGUCAAAGCUGCUUACACAUCUUGGUUUCAGCUUGCCUUCAGAAACCAAAGACAGCCUGCAAGAAGAUCUAUCAGAGCAAGUCAGCGCACUUGGGCUUAGUGAUACGCCUUCAGAUAAUUUAGCAUUUGAAAGGGAUGAUAAAAGUGCUGUAUUCGCUACUGAUAAUGGUGAAGAUUUCUUCAACAAUCUUCCUAGUCCCAAGGCUGACAUGCCUCUAUCCCUUCCUAAUGAUGGCAACAUUGUUGAGGAGACUGCAAAGGAAACAACUCCUGAUGAACCGGAUGGAGUGGAGGAGAGCUCUGAUUCAUCAUUUGAUGAUAGCGUCCAACGUGCUUUGGUUGUGGGAGACUUCAAGGGUGCUGUAUCAUUGUGCGUAACUGCAAAUAGAAUAGCUGAUGCAUUGAUUAUUGCUCCUCUUGGAGGUGAUUCUUUGGUGGAGAGUACUCGUGACAGAUGUCUGAAGAUGAGCAGGUCUCCUUACUUAAAGACCGUUUCAGCAAUGGUGAACAAGGAUAUGCAGAGCCAUGUCAAUACCAGACCCCUGAAGUUCUGGAAAGAGACACUUGCCCUUCUUUGUACUUUUGCUCAGGGAGAAGAAUGGAGUGAGCUCUGUAACUCGCUUGGAUCAAGGCUUGUGGCUGAUGGAAAUAUGUUGGCUGCAACACUCUGUUUUAUUUGUGCUGGCAACAUUGACAAAACUGUGGAGAUAUGGUCAAGGAAUCUAGCAUCUGAAGGAAAGUCCUAUGUUGACCUUCUUCAGGAUUUGAUGGAGAAGACCAUAGUCCUUGCACUGGCAAGUGGACAGAAGCAGUUCAGUGCUUCUGUAUGCAAGCUUGUUGAGAAGUAUGCAGAGAUUUUAGCAAGUCAGGGCCUUUUAACAACAGCGAUGGAGUAUUUGAAGCUUCUCGGGACAGAUGAGUUGUCACCUGAACUUUCCAUCUUAAAGGACCGCAUUGCCUUCUCCACUGAAGCUGAAAUAGAAGCCAAUAACAUAGCUCUGCAAGCUGAGGCUGUUGACUCUUCCUGGCAUUCACAACAUGGAAGUCCUUACAUGGAGAAUCACCGGCAGUCUUUUGGCUCUUCCGCAUUUGGGCAAGGAUACAAUGCUCCUGCCGUCUCAUCAUAUCCAACUUCUGUCCCGCAAUACCAUACUCCAACUCCACCAUAUCAGGAACCUAGCCCACAGCCUACAAUGUUUGUUCCAACCCCGGCAACUCAAGUUCCCCAGCCAAAUUUUCCUCCAGCUCCUGUUGAUCCUCAACUGGCUACGAGAACAUUUGUACCAGCAGCUCCUCCUAUGCUGAGAAAUGCUGAGCAGUACCAGGCACCUACAUUGCACUCUCAGUUGUAUCCUGCGAACAAUGCUUCUUUUCAACCUGUGGCACCUCCAGUUGGCCCUUCUCUAGUUCCUACCCCGAGAGCGCCACAGGUUGUUGCUCCCGGACCAACACCUAAAGGAUUCACGCCUGUUACUGGCCCAGGGGUUGUCCAGAGACCAGGGAUGCCCAGCACAAUGCAGCCUGCGAGCCCAAGUCAACCAGCUCCUGUACAACCUGUUGCCCAUGCUGCCCCUGCUGCCCCACCUCCUACUGUUCAGACUGCCGAUACUUCAAGAGUUCCUGCCCACCAGAAACCUGUUAUUGCAACGCUGACCAGACUCUUCAAUGAGACUUCAGAAGCAGUUGGAGGUGCACGGGCAAAUCCUGGCAAGAAGCGUGAGAUUGAAGAUAACUCGAGGAAGAUAGGGGACCUAUUUGCAAAGCUCAACAGCGGAGAUAUAUCAAGGAACGCUGCCGAUAAGCUUGUGCAGCUCUGUCAGGCUCUUGAUAAUGGUGACUUCAGCACCGCCCUCCAAAUACAGGUACAACUGACCACCAGUGACUGGGAUGAAUGCGGAUACUGGCUAUCAGCGUUAAAGCGGAUGAUCAAGACGAGGCAGAACGUGAGAUUAGGCUGAGAAGGGCAUAAGUUUGUGGACAUGUCUCUCUUGUUUGGCAUCGGAAAAUGCUUCACAUCUUUUUACAACAGCAGUGAUGGUUAGGGGCAAAUGAUAGAGGUCUCUCCCUCUCCCUUCCCCCCUUGAAACAAAGGAAGGGGUUCCAUAAGACUGCAAUUUUGGGGAUUUUUUUUAUCCCUCUUUUGGUUCUUUUUGGUUAUAGAACAUUUCCCUUGUCAUAUUGAUGUUGGUCCUCUCUUUGGAAUCCUUAAGCGGAGGGUUAGUUUUUAAGGGUAUCUGACGGACUCAUGGUGUCGAGAAGUUAUAGUUGUUUUUUGAAUCCCUUGGUUAUGAUAUUUUGGAGAAUGGGUAGUCGACCUUUCCUUUUUCUUUCUUUUCUUUUAUACUUUUGUCUAUUAUUGAUAUUGACUUGAAAUUCUUAAGAGAGGAGAUGGUACUUGCUUCGUGUGCGUUUUUGUCGACAUAUGCUUAUGUUAUAUUAUAUAUUAUGUUCAUUCAAUUCAA